GUCGAGCCAGUGCGCAUGCGCAGCGCUGCUCUCUACGAAGUUUCGGGAUAUCUUGAUUCAACGCAAAAUACGCAUUACAUUCGGACCGCUUUAAGACUACCCACCUCAUAGCUGGAGAGAGUGGAAUUUGGAAUAAAAAUGUCACUUUCUUCGCCCUACCUCAACCAAGACAGCACAGUGCGCUUCAGAAAGAGGAAAGCACGCUUUUCUUUCAGUGAAGUGCACAUACUUCUGGAUGAAGUGCGGAAGAAUCGCCACAUUGUUGUGGGUAAGUUUAACGCAGGCGUCCCAUCUGAUGUCAAGAGGAGGAAGUGGGCAGAUAUCACAGCACGUGUUAAUGAGAUCGGAGAGUGCGAAAGAGAGAUCAUGGAGGUUGUAAAGAAAUGGUCAGACCUUAAAUGUGACACAAAGCGUAAAGUGGCUGCCCUGCAGACUGGUGGUGUGUUGUCUCAACGGUUGGCACGGACCAAUAUGGAGUUCUCUCCGAUAGAACUCAUAGUGGAAUCGAUUCUUGAAUUGGACAAGAAACCAUGGGAAGCUACUCAGAGAUCCAGAUCUCGCGUGUACAGUGAUGAGCAGGAGGGUGGGGGUGAGGAGGAGGAGGAGGAAGAUGGGGCGUUUAUGGGGGUGGGGUCAGUCCACAGUUCACCGGGCAGAGGAAUGGAAUUGGGAGGAAUGCCUCUCGCAACAAGCGUAGCUGGGAUUCCAGAGAUUCACAAUGAUGGCUUCAAAUCUGGAGACCCCGAACCCCAUUUGGUAGAUUCAGACGAAGAUAACCGUGACCACCUCCCAUCAUCCUCCAUGGCAUCUGUCACUAACUCUUACUCUGAGGAGGAUGGAAUUGCAACUAGAUGCCACACUGGACAUGUCUCCUCCACAGCCACUGCCUCUACUAAAACAGCUUUUUUCUCAGGGGUGGAGACGGACAGUUCACGUGAGCGUUUAGUGCAGAGCGCAAGCCUUAGUGUGCAAGAGCAGCAUACCACCAAUGCACUUCUGGGCACAGUAUCUCGUUCACUAGAGAUUCUUGCAGAGUCAAUACAACAGCUAGCAGAAACACAGCAGGAGUUUGCACGCGAGUCGCUGCAGCUGCAGAGGGAAACUGUGCAGGUUUUACGAGACUUUGCCUCUGGUGCUAUAACGAUACUGCAAGAAAAGGUCAACGGAAAACCGGCAUUAUAAAAAAGUCCUGUUUAGCAUCAAAACAGUGUUAUUUAAACCCCAAAACCUAAUGAUGAGCAACAAGCAUCAGAGUGUUCAUUGGUAAUGUGUGCAGUUGCAUGCAGAUUUCUUGCUGGAAUGCUUGUGACCAUUAGCGGGUGUAAUGUAACCAUUGUAUUUUGGAUAAAUUGCAUUAUUACUGUGGUUUUUCUCAACCUCUUUCAUCCCAAGCCCCCCCAAUCACACCCCUCUUACCCCACUGUCCAAUAACAUUCAAAACAAUUUGAAGAUCCCCCUCGCACAUUCAUCAUUAAAUACCUUUUAAUUGUU